CAGUGAGAGGCCCGUGUACCGCAAAAAAAAAAAAAAAGAUUCCUUCUUGGAAGAGACAUUUUAUAGGUGAUGAAGAACAACAGCAACUGAAAAGAAUGUCUGGUUACAGAUCAUUGGGAAAGUUGCAGGUCGAGUUGCAGCCUUGAACGUCAAGUUAAACGUCAUUACACUCUCCCCAGACUGACAGUAAGCUGGCGGCGGGGGGUAACUUCCCCGGAACAGGUGCUUAUCUGAGAAUAAGUCAGUUAUCAGAAAAUAACUCGGAGUUCAGCUCCAACGCAGGCUUGGUUCAAUUUUCUCUUUUACUACUUUCAUGUGACAUUUGUCAUGUUGUUGAUAUUUCAUAUUUCUUUUUGCUUAUUUCUAUUUACCUGUUUGCUUCCCCCACCCCCAUGCUUUUAAAAGCCCCCCUCGAAAACACCCACCGAAUAAUGUGUCCUAACAUCAUGUUUUCCAUACAAGAUUCUUGACAAACCAUAUAUCGUCUCUACUCUUUUCUUCCAUAAUUUGUUUUCUUGAUAUCGACAUUUUUUUCAAGACCUAAAUGAAUUUACUUUUCAAAUAAACUUUACAUCAUCACCUCAAAUAAAACAUUAGUUUCAUUUUCCAUAAAUAGAAAGUCACCAUAAAAUAAAUACAAUAAAAGUGAAGUGUGAUUGGAUUCUAGGUGGGUAUCUGUGAUUGCCAAAGGCUCUUUGAGCAAUUCUCUUCCUUGUAAUGGGAAAUAAUGCAAGAAAGAGAACAGUUGAAGAUAUAUUAGCAGUAAAUGAGAUUUUACAAUCAGAAUGACUGAAAUAAGUUUGAAAUUGCAAUUAACUUCCCCUUCUAAGUGAACCAGUGUUCUCGAAUGCUGUGUCCAUAGACCACUUAAAAUCGUCUGUGUGCUAUGAGCGCAGUGGCUCUCACACCUGAGCGUGCAUCAGCACUUCCUGGAGUCUUGUUAAAACACAGAUCACCGAUUCAGUAAGUCUGGGCUAGGGCUUGAAAUGUGCAUUUCUUUCUCCCUCCCUCCCUCCUGCCCUCCCUCCCUCCCUCCCUCCCUCCUCACUUUCUUUCUUUCUUGCUGCGUUGGGUCUUCAUUGCUGCGCGCCAGCUUUCUCUAGUUGCAGUGAGCGGGAGCUACUCUUCAUUGCGGUGCGUGGGCUUCUCAUUGCGGUGGCUUCUCUUGUUGCAGCGCACCGGCUCUAGGCGAGCGGGCUUCAGUAGCUGCAGCAUGCAGGCUCAGUGGUUGUGGCUUGCCGGCUUUGUUGCUCUAUAGCAUGUGGGAUCUUCCUGGACCAGGGCUCAAACCCGUGUCCCCUGCAUUGGCAGGCGGAUUCUUAACCACUGCGCCACCAGGGAAUGUGCAUUUCUAAAAAGUGCUCGGGCCAUGCUGGUGCUGCUGGUCCAGGGCACAUACUCCAAAAGGCACAGCCCUCAUUGCCUCGCAUCUCACUUUAGGAAGAACUGGCUAGGGAAGGCCGACAGGUGCAAACCAGAAACAACUGCAACUCCAAACAGGUGCAAACCUACUCCCGUUUGUUGUGACCAUUUUCCUCUCAAAGAGCAACAAGCCCAGGCCCAAGGCUGGCAUCCCUGAGAGCAGUGCUGUAAUUUCUAGAAACACUCACUUCCUCUGGGAGGAAAGCUGAAUUGCAGUGUGUGGCCAGGAGAGAGCUUUCUGGCCUUCAUAAAACCUCCCCAAAAUCGGCGAGCAGAGGAGGAAGUAGGUGAGAAGCCACACUACUUCCUUGGGAAUGCCCCUCCAUAUGACUUCUCCCGGAGUUGAGUUUUCUAAAGACCGAUAUUCAAAUGGAAUUAAGGAGUCCACAAAAGUUGACUCUCUCCAUGAUGAGAAAAUAAAUUUUUUUGAGAACUGACUAAACUCAGUGAAGUGAGUAGAUAAGUGAUUGUCAAGUUUUAUAAGCCACACCUCCAAAAGCCAAUGCCUCGCCCUUUCGAAGGCUAAGGUGUUUGAAACGCAGCUCCAGGGAUGGAAUGCCCACGUGUCGGCAUUGGAACCUUCCUCUGAGCCCUUGACAUCACCCGUGUGUGAGAAGAGAAAAUCUCAGGAAGAGAGCUCGACCAUGAUACUGCCUCCCAACAAGUCAAUCAUGUUAAUUGGUCCAUGUUUCUCUCUAGGGCCUAUCUUUAUAGAGGUAUAUUUUUCACAUAAUUAGAUAUAUAAUGAAAACCUUGCCUUUAAAAUAAAUUUUUUAAUUAAAGUAUAUGAAGUGUAGUUGAUUUACAAUGUUGUGUUAAUUUCUGGUAUACAGCAAAGUGAUUCAGUUAUACAUAUAUAUUCUUUUCCAUUAUGUUUUAUCCCAGGAUAUUGACUAUAGUUCCCUGUGCUAUACAGUAGGACAUUGCUGUUUAUCUAUUUUAUAUAUAGUAGUUUGUAUCUGCUAAUCCCAAACUCCUAAUUUAUCCCUUCUCCUCCCCCUUUCCCCUUUGGUAACCAUAAGUUUGUUCUCUAUGUCUGUGAGUCUGUUUCUGUUUUGUAAAUCAGGUCAUAUGUAUCACAUUUUAGAUUCCACAUGUAAAUGAUAUCAUCUGGUAUUUGUCUUUCUCUGUCUGACUUACUUCACUUAGGAUUAUAAUCUCUAGGUCCAUCCAAGUUGCUGCAAAUGGCAUUAUUUCAUUCAUUUUUAUGGCUGAGUUAUAUUCCGCUGUAGAUAUGUACCACUUCUUCUUUAUCCAUUUGUCUGUUGAUGGACAUUUAGGUUGCUUCCAUGUCUUGGCUAUUGUAAAUAGUGCUGCUAUGAACAUUGGGAUGCAUGUAUAUUUUCGAAUUAGAGUUUUCUCCAGACAUAUGCCCAGGAGUGGGAUUUGUUGGAUCAUAUGGCAACUCUAUUUCUGGUGUUUUAAGGAACCUCCAUACUGUUCUCCAUAGUGGCUGCACCAAUUUACAUUCCCACCAACAGUCAGUGUAGGAGAGAGAACCCUACGUUUUUCACACACUGUCACAGUAGAAGAAGCACUCUCCCUUAUUGCUGUAUCUAAGCUUCCCUUGUGCAAUGCUGUCAUGUGUUUCAAGGAUAGUCACCACAUUUAUUCCUCUGUUCUUGAAUAUUAAAAGUUGUUUUAAACUUUUUAUAAUAUACAUAAUAGUGCAGCAAAUGUAUUUGUACAUAUACUUUUCCCUUGAACUGAAAACAUUUCCUUAGGAUACAGUCCUAAGUGAAUUUCUCAGUCAAAAGGUAAGAACAUUUUUAUGGCUCUUAAUACUUGUUGCUGAAUUGCCUUUUGGAGGCGGGGGGGGGGGGGGGUGUAGCAUUUGCAAGCAUGUUAAAUUAUCUGCACCCUCACCAGAACUGAACAUUAUCAAUGUGAACACUUUUAACAGAUGUAAAAUGUCAUUUCAUUUUUGUUCUAGUUAGUAGCAUGUCUUUAAAACAAGUGAAAAGUUUAGUAUUUUCCCCAUACUUCUUUUUUUUUUUUGAAUUUUAUUUUAUUUAUUUUUUUAUACAGCAGGUUCUUAUUAGUUAUCCACUUUAUCCCAUACUUCUUUACUAACUUUAUUUUCUCUCUGUGGAUAAUUUGAUUAUGACAAUCAACUUCUGGAAAAGAAAUUAUCCAAAUGCGUGGUGAGUCUGAAGACCCAGAACGAUAUCUUAUUUACUUGCAUUCCCUGCUCCCUGAACCUUCAACAAACUGGAUGACAUUCGUCCAUUCUUUCCUUUAAUCCAUAAACAUUUCCUGAGCACCUGCUAUAUGCCAGGUGUUCUGGGUGCUGGGGACGGAGGAGUGAACGUGGCAGGGAAGAUCUCAUGGGAGAUGUGGCAUGAGACGGCUCUCAUGGGCAAUAGACAACUAAACAACAAAGAGACAAAGUCAUUUCAUACAUAUUGAGGCCAUGGAGGAAAUGAACUGGGCUUGGAUAGUCAAGUGUCUCUUUUAGAUGAGGCCACCAAGAAGAACCCUCCUGUCAUUCUCCUGCUUAAAUGUCCCCAAGGCUUCCUGGUUUUGCACUUAGAAUAAGAUACGCACUCCCUGCAGGAUCAGGCCACAGUGUGCCUCUCUGACGUUACCUCCUUCCAAUCUCCUCCAAAAUGACAGUGCUCCUCAAAGACCAAAGUUGUACUCAUUGUCCCCUCUGCCUUCAAUGUUCUUCUCCGAUGUUUGAAUGGCAACCUCUUUCUUAAUAUCAGGUCUGAGUUCAGACAUCAGCUCCCAUGAGAAGAUUCUGCUUACCAUCCUAUAUAAAGAAGUACCUUCUACCCCACCAGUCACCAUGCCGUUAUGUUUUAUUUUCUUCAUAGCAUGUAUCACUCUCUGAAAUUAUUUUGUUUUCUGCCCACCCCUUGGCUCCUGUAAGGUCCAGGAGCAUAGAGACCACCACCAUCUUGUUCACUGCUUCUUAGAUGUGCCUGACAGAUGUACAGAAGUGCCUCAAACAUCUGAUAUCAAUUGAACAGCCACCUGAACUUCAUUCCUGUGUUGCUGUAACUCCUACCAGCCCCGCGGGCGCUCCUGCUUCCGCCAAAGGCACAGCGGCGCCUACCAGCCCCGCGGGCGCUCCUGCCUCCACCGCCGGCCCAGCGGCGCCUACCAGCCCGGCGGGCGCUCCUGCCUCCACCGCCGGCCCAGCGGCGCCUACCAGCCCGGCGGGCGCUCCUGCGUCCACCGCCGGCCCAGCGGCGCCUACCAGCCCGGCGGGCGCUCCUGCGUCCACCGCCGGCCCAGCGGCGCCUACCAGCCCGGCGGGCGCUCCUGCGUCCACCGCCGGCCCAGCGGCGCCUACCAGCCCGGCGGGCGCUCCUGCGUCCACCGCCGGCCCAGCGGCGCCUACCAGCCCGGCGGGCGCUCCUGCGUCCACCGCCGGCCCAGCGGCGCCUACCAGCCCGGCGGGCGCUCCUGCGUCCACCGCCGGCCCAGCGGCGCCUACCAGCCCGGCGGGCGCUCCUGCGUCCACCGCCGGCCCAGCGGCGCCUACCAGCCCGGCGGGCGCUCCUGCGUCCACCGCCGGCCCAGCGGCGCCUACCAGCCCGGCGGGCGCUCCUGCGUCCACCGCCGGCCCAGCGGCGCCUACCAGCCCCGCGGGCGCUCCUGCGUCCACCGCCGGCCCAGCGGCGCCUACCAGCCCCGCGAGCGCUCCUGCUUCUGCCACAGACCCUACGACUCCUACCACCAAAGCGAGUACACCUACUCCCUCCACAAAUACCCCAGGUUCCAGAAGCCCUUGCCAAGAGGAUCCCUGUAAGGGUGAUUCUUCAUGUGUUAAUCUGCAUGAUAGCCGGUUUUGCCUGUGUUCAGAAGGGUAUUACUAUAACUCUCAUGCAUGCAAGAAAGGAAAGAUAUUCCCUGGUACGAUUAUGGCCAAUAUAUCACCUACAUCUGACUUAGAAGAUAGAAAUUCUGUGGCCUAUCAGGAAUUAUACUUUAACAUUACUAGAUUUUUUGAAAAGGCAUUUGACAGUUCUGAUUACGGGCAGACUGUAAUUGGUAAAUUAAGCACAUCUCCUUCAGCAAGAUCUGCAAUGCAUACUGUUGCCAUAGCAGUAGUAAACAUUUUUAUGGAAACUACAAAAGAAACUGAAGAAACCGUAUCACGUGCCAUUGAAAGAGCAAUUAAACGGAAUGCAACUGAGUUUACAGGAUACAUCAAGCAAGAGCGGUGUGAUUAUUAUGGUUGUGAGAAAGAGAAUGGGCAAGAUGACUGCACCAGUGGUUUACUAUGUCAGUGCAAACCGGGGCUGCUGAGACCGAACCCACAGAUCCCCCUGUGUGUUGCUUUGUGUCCUGAUGACUGCAACACACAGAAGAAGAAGCAAUGCCUAGUGGAGGACAGCAGGAACGCUACCUGCGUGUGCCUGCCAGACUACAAGGAAGAUGAUCAUGGGACCUGUCAACCGUGUGCGUUUGGCUACAGCGGAGUUGAUUGUGAAGACCCAUUUCAGCUGAUCCUCACGAUCGUGGGCACCGUUGCUGGCAUCCUCAUUCUCGGCUUGGUGAUCGCAUUCAUCUUCUCAGCGAGAUCAAAGAACCAAAGGAGGAAUGUGGAAGAACAGAACUUGAUUGAGGACAAUUUUCAAAAUCUGAGACUGCGGAAUACCGGCUUUAGCAAUCUAGGAGCAGACGGGAGGAUCUUCCCUAAGAUCAACACGAACCUGCCCAGAGAGAGUGAGCCACAGAAUCCCUACGUAGUCCGGGACGGUAUACCCCGCACACACUAUUAGAACGGUAAAAAUUUGGAACCAUCCAUGGCCCCUCAACCCAACAUAUGAGCUUUUAUUUUGAGUGUUUCAAAGACUGUUGGAGAAGGGAGCAGCCAUGAAGGUCUGGCCUUUGGUAUUUCUCUUCCAUCCAGCCUCUCUGAAUUGAAGUUGUGACUGUUUGCAAUGAAUACAGCUUGUUUGCUAACUAAGUACCUAUGAAAUUAACUGCACAUAGAUGCUAUUAGUAAGCAUCUAUACUUAAGAUAGUUGAUUUGCUCCAAUCAGUACAAUAGUUAGGUUUUUUUUUCCUGGCCGUGCAACAGUAAUCAUUCUAUCUAUCUAGAGGGAAGCUCCCCAGGAUUUUUCACUCCUGAAAGAGUCUAGAAGAGUGUUGCUUUGAGUUGAUACCCUGUAGAUAAGUGACGUAUUCUGGGAGACUCUUACACAUCAGCUGUGGAGGUCCCAGGAGAUGGGAGGACAUACCAUCCUUGAAGAUGCUGAGGUUCAUUCUCUGGCAAGUUAAAACAGGGAAGCUCCUUCUUUUCCUCAAAUGUAGGGAUUUCAUUACCCUUGAACUGCCAGGAGCUUGUGACCUGUGUUCAAAUCAAGAGGACAGAUAAAAAGAGACAGGUCUCUUAGCUUUUUGGGAGCAGUUACUGGCAAUCCAGGGCCUUCUUAAUGUCAACUAGAAGGCCUGAACUAGAAAUGUCCUCUGCAGGGGUACGUUCUAGAGGGUUUGAAAUGCCGGUGGGUAGGGGAGUCAGUGGGGAAAAAUGUGACCAGGAGAAGGAGGAACAGAGGUAGAAGGAAGCUGGGCUGGAGGCUGAGUAAGGGAGAAGGUACCCAGGGCCCACCUUCAUCCUCAGAUUCCCCUCCUCAAUGAGCAAAUGGGCAUUUCCUCUAAUUCAUGCCCUACCCAAGUUUUAGAACCUAGGAGAGGAUGUGAAGACAGAGCCCCCAGAGCAAGAGCUUGAAGUCACUUUGAAAUUGUAGACAUUCUGACUGGCUCAUGGUGAGAGAGGGAGCUUGGGCUCUGGAUCCAAACGUUCAGCCUCGUGAUACAGACUCCAGAGGUAUUCCACCAAAGCCUCAGCCUUCCCUGGGGACAGAGCCUUAGCCGUGGUCACGAACACACACACACAGCUAAGAAUGGGGACAGCCACCUCCAGCACAGGCUUUCUUUCAUGUUAGUAGUAUCCUUGUUUAUGUCUAAUGUCUGGUCUCUUUGCAAGUUAUUUUUAUUUGUUGUUAUUAUUUGUUCUUGACUGUUAAUUAUAAGCAGUAACAAAUAAAGUGUCUUUAAUAGAUGGUC